AUGUCUACACCGCCUAACAACGGAGCGGCAUCUAAGUCCAGCGACCCCCUCAAACGGGUGGACCUUGACGGACACGAUCUUCCUCCUUCUCCCGCGCCGUCUAGUCCUCGCAACGGUCGUCGUCGCUAUGCCCUCGCCACGGAGCUGGUCUACACUGACAGCAACGACCAGUAUGGCGCAUCCAGCAUCCCCAUCUACCAGUCCGCCACCUUCAAGCAGACCAGUGCCACUGGUGGUGGGGAGUACGACUACACCAGGUCCGGCAACCCGACUCGCACUCAUCUUGAGCGCCACCUGGCCAAGAUCAUGAAUGCCACGAGGGCUCUGGCUGUCGGCUCCGGCAUGGGUGCUUUGGAUGUCAUUUCCCGCUUGUUGCGCCCCGGCGAUGAGGUGAUCACCGGCGAUGACUUGUACGGAGGCACCAACCGCCUUCUCACUUACUUGGCUUCCAACCAGGGUAUUGUUGUUCACCAUGUGGACACUACCAAUGUGGAGAACAUUCGUCCUGUCAUCUCUGAAAAGACGGCCAUGGUUCUGCUGGAGACCCCGACGAACCCUCUUAUCAAGGUCGUCGACAUCCCCUCCAUUGCUAAGCUUGUUCACGAGGCCAACGAUAAGGCUUUGGUUGUCGUGGACAACACCAUGCUCUCGCCAAUGCUCCUGAACCCCCUGGAUAUUGGUGCAGACAUCGUAUACGAGUCCGGAACAAAGUAUUUGUCUGGACACCACGACAUCAUGGCUGGUGUAAUUGGUGUCAACGAUACCGAGAUUGGCAACAAGCUGUACUUCACCAUCAACUCCACUGGGUGCGGCCUGUCGCCUAAUGACUCUUUCUUGCUUAUGAGAGGCAUCAAGACACUUGCUAUCCGCAUGGAGAAGCAGCAGGCCAACGCUCAGCAGAUUGCUGAGUUCCUUGAGUCCCAUGGUUUCAAGGUCCGAUACCCGGGACUCAAGUCGCACCCCCAAUACGACCUGCACUGGUCUAUGGCACGAGGUGCAGGUGCUGUUUUGUCGUUCGAGACCGGCGACGCGGCGCUUUCGGAGAGAAUCGUCGAAGCCGCUAAGCUGUAUAGUAUCAGCGUUAGCUUCGGCUGUGUAAACAGCCUUAUCAGUAUGCCCUGCCAGAUGAGCCACGCCAGCAUCGACGCCAAGACCCGGAAGGAGAGGCAGAUGCCGGAAGACCUCAUUCGCUUGUGCGUGGGCAUCGAGGACGCAACGGACUUGAUUGAAGACCUCUCGCGAGCUCUUGUUCAGGCCGGUGCGGUCAACGUGACCUUGGACGGGUUUCACGCGACUGAGGCUGUCCAGCAGGCUUGA